UUGUUUAUUCAUUCACGUCAGCCCCUCUUCCCUUCCCUUCCCUUCCCUCCUUCCUGCUACACACAACGGGGACCCACCGUUGUAACUGUUUUUCCCAUAUUAAAAUUAACCACAGCCACGUCGCCACCAUAAACCGAUUUUGGAAUCAGGAGGAGGCGAGCCGGCGCCUGGGUAGAUGUGAGCCCAAGGUAAUGGCCAGGCUGGUGGACAUAGGCACACAGACAGAUCCAGUAGUUGUGCUGUCCUUGGCCCAGGCCGCCGUGCUAGGUCUCAUCUCCCAGAAUGAAGUAUUCGGAGCUACCAUUGCACCAAACGGCUUCUACACUGGUGAACCAAAAGAGUCCCCUGCACCCCCAGUAGACGGAGUUGACUACGAGUACGCAGACCAACUUAUCGGCGCCAACGGAGAUUAUCUUGGAGAAAACUUGGGAGAAGACGGUCAGAUGCAACCAAGCUGCAGCCAGCGGCGGUGGCAGCAGGGGCCGCCUCAGCAUCCAGAUGGGAAAAUGGUGGUCCCCGAUCGUCAUGGCCUUCAAGCAGGUGACAUGUCCUCUUCCCACGUGAAAGGGGAAGGGAUGAACUCUGGAAUGUCCUCCUGUGUCCACAUGCUGAACAAUAUGGCUCCCAGAGGUGGUCUGGUUCAAGUAGAUCCGGCCACCCUGAGAGGCACCAACAAGAACUGUGCAGAAUGUGAGCGGGAAGCUACAAACCAGCAGCAAGCCAACACACAUGUCCACCCUCCUCCCCCCCAGGUGGCCCACAGGGGACCGGAGCAGGGCCACAGAGGACUGCAGGCCCAGCGCCCGAUGGGGGGCCACGGUCGAGGUGGUAGAGAGGAUGAAGAAGAGGUAGAACACCAGGGGAACACAAUGAUGAAACCCACACAGCAGGAGGAAGCUAUCAGCAGCUACUUCCAGACCAGUGAAGUGGGAAGCUACGAUUCUACAGAGAUGGGAAUGGGGGGCGAGUAUGAAGACAGCAGCCAGAGUAUGAUGUGGACAGACGGGAGUGCGGCAGGGCAGCAUCCCCAGCCUCCACACCCCCAGCCUCCACGUAGACACGGUGGCCGUAGAGUAGACCGGCUAGAUAUCAACAUCCAGAUUGAUGAAUCCUAUUGCGUAGACGUGGGAGACGGUUUGAAACGCUGGAAGUGUCGCAUGUGUGAUAAAUCCUACACCUCUAAAUAUAACCUGGUCACACACAUCCUGGGCCACAACGGCAUCAAACCGCAUGCCUGUCCACAUUGCGGAAAGCUUUUCAAGCAGCCCAGUCACCUCCAAACCCAUCUGCUAACCCACCAAGGUACGCGGCCUCACAAGUGCACAGUCUGCAAGAAGGGCUUCACCCAGACCAGUCACCUGAAGCGACACAUGCUGCAACACACCGACGUAAAGCCCUACAGCUGCCGCUUCUGCCGCCGUGGCUUCGCCUAUCCCAGCGAACUGCGAGCGCACGAGGUGAAGCACGAACGAGGCCGCUGCCAUGUGUGCUCGCAAUGUGGCAUGGAGUUCCCCACCUAUGCUCACCUCAAACGCCACCAGACCAGCCACCAGGGUCCCCACACCUUCCAGUGCACCGAGUGUAAUAAGUCUUUCGCCUACCGUAGCCAGCUCCAGAACCACCUCCUGAAGCACCAGAGCCCGAGGCCUUACACCUGCUCCCAGUGCGGCCUGGAGUUUGUGCAACUCCACCACCUACGUCAGCACUCGCUCACCCAUAAGGGGAUGAAAGGCCACAAGUGUGACGUGUGUUCCCGAGAGUUCACCCUGUCUGCCAACCUGAAGAGGCAUAUGCUCAUCCACAACAGCGUCAGGCCCUUCCAGUGUCACGUUUGCUUCAAGAGCUUCAUCCAGAAACAGACCCUCAAGACCCACAUGAUCGUCCACCUGCCUGUGAAGCCAUUCAAAUGCAAGGUUUGUGGCAAGUCUUUCAACCGAAUGUAUAACCUUCUGGGUCACAUGCAUCUCCAUGCUGGCAGUAAGCCCUUCAAGUGUCCUUACUGCACCAGUAAGUUCAACCUGAAAGGAAACCUCAGCAGGCACAUGAAGGUCAAACACGGCAUGGAUGUCUCACCAGAAGGACAAGAAGUUCUUCCAGAAAUGGACAGCCAGGGGGAAUAUGAAGGACAGAACUUCACCUUUACAGCACCGGACAGUAUGGACAAUGGUGGCUCCCAAAACCUCACUAAACUCACUACAGCAAACAUGGAGGACAUGGAGGAGUAUUACAAUUUUGGAAAGGAUACAAGCAGCUAUACUACACCUUGAGUGGCGAUGGACCAGAAAACUUUUUUCCUUUUUUUGUUUCUGAAGGCAGAAGGAAAUUACAGAAUUGUUGUUGAGACUUUGGGAGACUCUGGGAAAAGGGGUUUUCAUUUAGUUUUGGCCUCCUUCCAGAAGCGCCAGACUUGGCGGACUAUGAUGGGAGGCCAGGGAGGAGGAGGAGUGCUUCAAAGGAGACGUUUCAACUCUGUUGCUUAUAACCGAGACACUGAAACAGUUGACACGGUGUGAAGCUCUUCUUUUGGGAUAACUACGCUUACCGGCUCAGACUCUCACUGGUGGACAGUGAAAUCUGUAUGUUGUGUGUAUGUAUCAGUUAUUUGAAGAGGAAAAAAAAGAAAAAAGUUGCAGUUGCAGAGCCAUUGGUUACAUUUAAUGUGAUAGAAAUUUGUUUGCCAUUUUUGUCAUUCACAACCAAUGUAUACCCUCAUAUUUUUGACUGAAAGUGCCAGAUAGACAUUUUGCAACUAAGCUUCCACAGUGUCAGCUAUUUACUCACUGUAUAUCGAAGUUUUGAUACAUAGUCACAACAUAUUCAUAGGUUUGAAUGCUCUUAGUUAACAACUCCUAAUUGUAGUUGCCCGUUCCUGCCUAUUCCUCAUUUGAAAGUUCAGACAGGUCUAUCUUUAAGUGCAUUUGUACUUUUUGCACAUGACAUUGUAGCCUUUUUUGUUUUCUUUUAAAAAAAAAAAAAAUCUUAGUAGGGCACCGACUACCAAAGUUGCUACUGUCUCAUGUCGGCUACAACCAGAAAACAAAACUGCCAGCAUGUAAAGCCCUCUCACUGUACAAAUGAUUCUGCAACAUGCAGUGUGUUUACCCAUCUUUUUUUGUUUCACAUGGUUUAGCUUUGCAUUAAUAAUCUAUCCCGUGUAGUGAAUAUACUGCUCUAGGUUUUGAAUUACCGAGUGAACAGAACAAAAAGCACUUUUUCAUCAAAACCUGUCAUUUUUUCUGUGAAGGCGGUCUUCAGUAAGAGUGAAUUCAUUUGCCUCAAGGAAGAAGAGCUGGGGAUGGAAGAUAAAAUCUUCCGACCCCUUAUAAAGGCAAUAUUAUUAAACAUAGUUAUGCUUUUUCAAUCUUGUUUUGUUUUUUCUAAACUGCUGUUUACCUAAAAUGGAUAUUUCAUGGUUGUCAGUUCAAAUACGAGUUGCAGAAUGAGCAGUUUGAGCAGAGAAUCAGCAGUUUGGGUUUUUAUUUGUUGUUUGUAGUUUCAGCACUCUUAAAUCCAGGGCUGGGUCCACUUUACUUUUAAUUCAAUUUAUUCAGAAAUAUUUUCCCCAUCAUGGGGAAAGUAGCAUGAAAAACAAGAGAUGACACAAACCGAACCUGUGAAUUUAAAAGAUGAAAAUAAAUUAUUUGGAAGUCGUGCUUGCUUAGAUUUUGAAAUGAUUGAAUUAAAAGUGGACUGACACUGGUCCUGCCACUCAGAAAUUCUGUUUAGGGGAAGAUGGAUAACUCCCCCUGUCCUGCCAUGCAGGUCAGCCUUGAUAUGCACACUAAGCCAGAGGAAUGGUCUACUAGUUCUUUUUUUGAGAUGAGAAAUAUUAAACUGAGACCUCAUGGAAAUUGACCAUGAAUUAUUUAAUAAAGGUUCUCUAGUUUAAGUGA